CACAAUUGGCGCGCUGACAGGAAGACCCGUACCCGCAAGCAACCACCAUGAGCCGUCCAAACGAUUGAAAGGCAAGGCAAGAAAACAGGCGCGUGAGAAUAAAUCUUCCUCUGUUGCCCCAACUUCGGCAACCCCCAAACUUCCCACGCACACAAUUGCAGCCAAAGAAUUUGUCAGUUUGGCAAACUAUAUUGCCGCCACCACCAAUCCUCCCGUCAAUAUUCCGGCGAGCAUCAUGACAGUCCUAGACCGGGCUAUUGCCAUUCGACGUGAUCAUGGGACACAAGUCACUUCUCAUCUUCCCAGGGACGCCAAAUCCAAAGCAGCCGAUGACCGACACAGUCAUUUCAUUGAGAUACUGGAACAUGUCCGGGAUGUCCUGCAUUCUCAAAUGGGGAGUGACCAAGUGAAGGGUCCUUUAAGUAAACCGGUUGGGGAAGAGCCACCCACAAUCUUGAAGAAUGUGACAAACAAGUUUGACCACCUUGAGGUUCAGGAGCCAUCUGAAGGGAUUCACCAUGCUCCAAAUCUUACUCCUACAUCCAGCACCAAAGCGAAGCAGGAGGUUACCUUUGAAGCAGAACAUCUCCAGGAUUUUGAAGAGGCUUACCUUGGCUUUAAUCUCCUACUUCAUGACUACCACAAUCUCCGAACAGUCAUUCUGCGUACAUGGGAAGGAUAUCAAUCUGGAGUAGUCGACCUGGUGUGCGCUUCUCUCAUGACCAACGCAGCAAUUGACAUUGCCAGGCGAAUGCAAGGAGAUGUCGAGCAGCUCUAUGACAAAUACGGCGGAUCCGGGGAGAUGUUAGGCGCCUCCUACGCAGCCACUUUAGCAAACUUCUUUUCCACCCAGGAUCAGCCUACCACGUGACACAACAGCAGGGCACAGCACACGAUGACUCCGGGCCGUCCCGUUAGCAAAUGCAUCUUCUGCAGCCCAGGGAUGAACACGACUCUUCCUUCUGGCAAGGCCAUUUGGUUGGCUGCCUUCCGGAGCGUCAACCGACAGAAUUCUUCUUUCUUUGCCGAUCCUUGUCGAUUCGUUGUUGCCUUACCAGACGCUUGUUCGAAAAUUACACUGGAUUAUCGUCGGGCCGAAUACUCACAUGGCUUGUAUUGCUCUUGGUAAAGAACGAGCACCCAUAAACGGUUAACAUGGCCCGAAUCAACUCAGUCUCAGGCUUGGGCGUUUCGAAACCUAUGGCGGAACUAUCGCAAGGUGAAAUUGCUAUCAUUACAAAAUAGCCCUUAAGUGACUCCCUUGACCGUGUACGGGACUUGCUCCGAGCGGAGCAGCCACGAAUAUCGCCCUAUGAUGGUGCCGUCGACGGCGGGGACCACACUUAUAAAAGGGCAGUGGACUCCUCUCUAUACUGCAAGCAGAGGAGGCGGCAGACAAUCUUCAUUCGAGAGCGUUCAGUCAAAAUGUGGCUUCUGAUCUAGCAGAUUUGUUCAAGAGUCUUCAACAAGGCCGCUUCAAUUACGAUGAUUAUCGCCCACUAGUACUCCUGGUAAUUCAACUUGCCCCUGACAUUGAGAUCUGGAAAGCCGUCCUCAGCCUCAUUGCCGGCUUCUCUAGAACAACUCCCCCGGCGAGCAUCCCUCCGACAUUUGAUGGCACGCCAUUCAGAUCGACAUCGUCCAAGCCGUAUCCUCGCAUGCGCAGCCUUAGGGCUGUUGGGUCUGAUGCAUUUAUGCUAUUGGAAGGUGACAAUUAUCCCGUGACUGGAGGCCCGAGGGCCAAAUCAGGCGGCCAAGUGCUGCUGCAUAUUCUGUUAUGGCUUCUCAUAGGACUAUCCCAAGGCAACAGUUGCCUAAAUUUUGCAGGCAAAUUUUUCAGUGCGGGGUAGAUGAGAAAUAUCGAUUUGGACUGCCCUGAGUUUGUGAUUAAAAGGCUGGCCAUUCCACCACAAUCCCUUCAUACUAGUUUUCUUAUUAACUGCAGUUGCAAUCAUAGUUACAUUAUUACCCUUUACGA